AUGAAAUUCUACGACGCCCAAGCUCCCAAUCCCUACGCAGUCCGCCUAUUUGUUCUUGAGCGCGGCGGCCUAGAGUUCGAUGUCCAAACCAUCGACAUCAUGAACCUAGAGAACCGGCGGCUCGCAUACCGCAGCGUGAACCCGCGAGGCGAAGUCCCAGCCUUGGAUAUCGAUGGCUUCGUUUUGACUGAAAUUACCGCGAUAUGCGAAUAUCUCGACGAAGUCGCCAGGGGAGGCAAAUCGCUGUUCGGCGACACCGCGCUCGAGCGAGCUGAGACCAGGAUGUGGCUUCGCAGAAUGGAUCUCGAAUUGGCUCAGCCUAUUAUUGCCUGGUAUCGAAACGACCCCGAUACCAUUGACUUCUACAAGGGCAACCGGAUUCCAGCACCUGAGGCACGUGUAGUCCAAAAAGUCACUAUCAACCAGUUCCUGAACCUCCUAGACGAUCAGCUUGAAGGCAAGGAAUACCUAUGUGGAUCGCGAUUCUCAGCUGCCGAUAUUCACUUUUAUGGACUCCUCAAGAUGAUGGUUAUGCAGGUCGCACAGUGGGUCCUCAGCCCUGGGCGUGAAAACGUGGUGGCAUACUUUGAAAGGAUGGACGCGCGAAAUGCUAGUCAGCAGGCUCUUGCGCCAUUCGGAUCGAAAGUUUAUGUGGAUUAUCCGGGGUGACUUUACGUCGCUGAACUAAUUCCCAGCAAGUCUAUGCUAAAAGACUUGUGUACCUUUGUUUAUUGCAUGGUUUAUGAUAUUAUAUGCCAAGCUUAUCCAUUUAUAGACCAGGUUUACGGUAUAAAAUAGAUCAUGGGGUUUCUCUUUUACUUAUGGAUCUACC